GCCAGGCAGCUGAGGACGAGCUGCAAUGGGAAAGAAUAAAUGACUUCGACGGAGAAGAAGCUGAAAACCAAAGACAUCAGCAAUCGAGUGUGAUCGAGAUGAACGACGAAGGUGCCGCAGCCCCAAUAGACGGUCCAGUAACCGAAUGUUUGACGGCGCAGAAACCGGACCGGCCGACGAGCACCAUGGCUAACCAAAAAGAUCAAACAGAAGAGCACGCACCGAAGGAACGGCAGGUUCAAAAUUUAAAUCCAAGACGGACUGCUUCUGCAACAUCCUGGAUUUCCGAGGUGGCAAACAAACCGCAAGAUAUGACGUCAGCAGGGCAGUACCCACCGGGCGGCCAUCAUCGAAGUGUUCCCCAGAUCAAACUACCAAUGUUUAGCGGGAAGGCAACUGAAUGGCCACAAUGGAUCGGGCUGUUUAAAACGCUUAUACACGACCAGCAGUGUUUGUCCGACGCAGAAAAACUCGCCCAUCUUCAGUCUUCUGUCACGGGGCUGGCCAAGCAGACAGUCGAAGGAAUGCUGUAUGAUGGUGCGCUGUAUCCUGUAGCCUUAGAAACGCUCAUGGAGAGAUUUGGAAAGGAACAGGACAUCGUAAAUGCCAAUCUUUCUGCCGUCUUCUGCACACCACCCAUGAAAGAGCUGGACCCGACGGCGCUGGAAAGAUUCCAUGCUGUCGUCCGCUGCGCGGUCAAAGUUCUUGAAAAUAUGGGGUUCGAAGGUGAUCUCAACAGCACCGAAAACCUUCGUCGGGUCGUGCUGAAACUACCGAACGAGCUGAAAAGAGAAUGGGGGCGUCAAAUCGUGGAAAUGGAGCCAAAACGACCUGGUCUAAGGGACUUCGACAGCUGGCUGAGCCAACAAGUUCGCAUCGUCACGGCCCUCCCAGCCAAGCCCACGGACUACGACAGAACGACUCGCUAUAAGAGUGACCGCUCCAAGAGCCUCCUAAGAACACCUUCAGCUCCAGCAACCUUGACCACGGCACCGAAGGCCAGCAUAAAGAGCGCCAGACCUCCGCACGAGCAGGACGCGCCACACUGUAGCUGCGGAGAGUCACACGAGCUGUCCGUGUGCCCUUCGUUUCUGCAGCUGUCAAAAGGAGAACGAGCAAAGUUUAUCGGUGAAAGUGCUCGCUGCUUUCUGUGCCUGAAACUAGGACAUCGGUCGCGACACUGUCCAUCGGUAGAGACAAGUGCGCAUCCAGCAGAGCGAUCGACCAGCCCUCAGCUUUCUCUGGAGGGACUUGGAGUGUGGCCGACCUCCAGACACAUACGAAAUGAAUGUCGCCAUUUUUGGCGCAAAGUGCUCUCCUGCGAUCGCCUCCUACGCGUUACGAAAGGUGAUUGAAAGUCAAGUAGAAGUCGGACUCAACAAGCACUCAGCAUCUGACAUUGCAAAGCAGUUCUACAUGGACGACUACGUGGCCUCAGCAGAAAGUCCUAAGAGUGCUGCCGACCUACUUCACACCGUCACCAAGCUCGUCUCCACAGGCGGGUUCACCCUGCGAAAAUGGACAAGCAACUCAAGAGAGGUGAUGGAAUCUGUUCAGCCGACCGAUAGGGCUCGUUCCGAAUUGGACGCAUUCACUCCGCUCUCUCCUGAGCGCGUGCUCGGCCUGAUCUGGGACACAGAACAGGACACGAUCGGUCUAAACGUUCCGAAGAAACGAAAUCUCCCAACGACGAAACGGGAAAUUCUGAAGGCAAUAGCAGCGGUAUACGACCCGCUCGGUCUGCUGUCGCCGUUUAUGCUGCAGGCAAAGCUGUUGAUGCAGGGUCUAUGGAGACAGCAGCUUACAUGGGACAGCCAGCUGGACGAACAGGACCUUCACAGGUGGCGAUGCUGGCAAGAGGAAGCCAACAUCCUCUCACAGCAACGGAUCUCUCGCUGUUACACCGCUCUGGAUGGACCAGUGAAGAGGUCAGAGCUGCACGUGUUCAGCGAUGCCUCGGAAGCAGCCUUCGGCGCAGCAGGCUACCUCCGGCAAAUCGACGCGACCGGCGCUAUCCAAUGCGCGCUGGUCAUGAGCCGGACUCGAGUCGCUCCUCUGAAGCAGCUGACCGUGGUCCGUCUGGAGUUGCAGGGAGCUGUCUUAGCUACAAGACUCGCUGAAAGUAUCACGUCAGCACUAUCUAUGUCUAUCGACAGCGUCUACUUCUGGACUGACAGCCAGGUGGUGCUUGGCUACAUACAAAAUGAAAGCAGACGCUUUCAUACGUUUGUCGCCAACCGCGUAGCGGAAAUCAGGGACAAGUCGGACCCCGAACAGUGGCGGCACGUCCCCGGACCGCUAAAUCCAGCCGACGACUGCUCCAGGGGCCUGGAGGCCUCUGCUCUCACGCCGGACAGUCGGUGGUUCCGCGGUCCGAGCUUCUUAUAUGACGAUGAGACAGAAUGGCCGAAGUAUGAGUCACACUCACAUCCGACACAAGAAACCGACCCAGAGGUUAAAGUGGUGGCCUCUGUCAGCGUGCGAGUGAAGAAAGUCGGGCUGCUAGUCGACCCUGCUCGCUUCUCAUCAUGGACGCGGUACAAGCGAGUUGUAGCGUGGUUAUUCCGUUUCGCAUACAAUUAUGCUGCGAAGCAUCGCCCGCAGUACAGCCACUGGUCUGUCACCGGCCGCCUAUCGACAGAGGAGCUGUGUGCCGCUGAGUCUCACAUUCUGAAGAGAAGCCAGCAAGAAAGUUUCACAGAAGAGAUGGACGAUAUCUCUCAAGGAAGGCCAAUAUCCUCCAAGAGCGCCCUGGCACAGCUAGCCCCGGCUCUCGACGAAAAUGGCGUUCUGCGUGUCGGUGGGAGACUAUCAAAGAGUGAUCUGCCGCCAUCGACCAAGCAUCCCAUCAUUCUACCAAGGCUACAUGACGUCACACGCCUCAUCGCCAUUUCGUACCAUCGCAAGGUCAUUCAUGCAGGAGUCGAGCACACGAUGAACGAGCUCCGUCAGAAGUUCUGGCUUCCGAAGGCUCGCUCGACGCUGAGAUCUCUGAUCCACUCCUGCUCCGUUUGCAAGAGGCGACGCGCGCGACCUCAGGCCCCCCUCAUGGCUGGCUUGCCAAGUGCAAGAUUCGACUGCAAGCAUGCCUUCAGCUCUGUUGGCCUCGACUUCUGUGGACCGGUGUACGUGAGGAGUCGCCGCAGUCGUCAAAAACGAUACAUCCUGCUAGUGACGUGUCUGGCUUCAAGGGCAGUCCAUCUAGAGAUGACGUCAUCACUGGACACGGACAGCUUUUUACUCGCUUUCCGCCGAUUCAUCGCCCGGCGAGGUAGGCCUACUCACGUCUUCUCCGAUAACGGCAAGAAUCUGCUGAGGGGUGAAAGAGAAAUUCGUGAGGCCCUGCAGAAGUGGAACAAAGCACACAUCCAUGAUGCCUUGGCCCAACAGGAUAUCACGUGGCACUUCAACCCGCCUGCAGCGCCGCACAUGGGCGGAUCCUGGGAGUCUCUCAUCUCUUCGGUCAAGAGAGCUCUGAAGGUCGUGGUGGGAAACAGCCUGGUGGCUGAAGAGGUGCUGCACACAGUCCUCACCGAGGUCGAGCACAUCCUCAACAGUCGGCCUAUCACCCACGUGAGCUCGGACGCCGGCGACGCCGAAGCUCUGACUCCAAACCACAUCCUUUUGGGACGCAACUGCCCAAGUCUGCCUCCGGGAGUGUUUUCUGACAAAGACCUCUCCAUGAAAAGACGUUGGCGUCACUCGCAACAGAUUGCAGACCAUUUCUGGCGCAGAUGGACCAGAGAAUAUCUGCCCACACUGAUCGGUAGACAGAAGUGGACGAAGGAUACCAGAAACAUUCAGAUCGGUGACGUGGUGCUAGUGGCUGAGAGUAAUGUACCUCGUGGCCGCUGGCCCCUGGCUCGGGUAGCCAAAGUGUUCCCGGGAUCAGAUGGACGAGUGAGGUCAGUCGAACUAAAGACGCCGAGUGGCACAUAUGUCCGACCUGUCGUCCGGUUGUGUGUUCUCGAGGAGUCGGAGUGAGCACGCACGUGACGCAGGGCGUGAGGAAUAUCGGUGUUGUACAUAGGAUCCUGAGAUCGUCUCUGAGGUGCGCGAGUAUAUCGUUAGACUGUGCGCUUGUUAAUGGACAGACGGCCUCCAAAAGGUACUGGAGGUAAAUGUGUCGUGUGUUACCUGACUAUAUCGGGUAUUCGGUUCGA